CUUUUUUUCUCCAUCGGCUCCAUCCAUCAUGGCGGAUCUCAUCAUGACCAUCAUCGACGAUGAAGAAGAUGAAGCGCGGAAAGAUCAGGAAAAGCCAACGGAUGAUGCCUUGCCCAAGAAGGCAAAGCGGAAGGCAAGCAAGAAGGGCAAGACAGAUGAGGCGAAGGCACAGCUGAAACAAGAAGAAGAUGACGACGAAGGACUCGCUCUAGACGUGAGAAACGAUGCACAGCAAUGUCGGUGGUUGUCACUCAGUCAGUCUGUCUGUCUGCAUGUGUGUUGUUCAGGCUGGCUUGGGAUUCGACGACAAGGCCACCCUGCCAUGGGAGAAGAAGAAUGCCGCAAAGAGGAAGAAAGAGGGCGACAAACACCACCUGUCAACUGAGGCGGCCCAGCAUGAUGAGAAUGCAGACAAGGCAGCAGCGCCUGAGAAGCAUUCCUCCUCUGGCAGAGGCGUUGGUGAGCGGACAUCCACUCCUGCGUCGCUGGCGUCGGGCACUGGGUGGGUCGACCUGCACCUCAGUAGACCACUAAUCAAGGUAGGUGAGGCGGGAAGAGAGAUGGCGCACACACCAAACAAUCAGACACACGUGUGUGUGUGUGUGAGUGUGUGUGUGGUUGCAGGCUCUGAAUGACAUGGGCUUCACGGAAGCGACCCCCAUCCAAAGAGAUGCGAUACCACACGCACUGCAAGGCAAGCACCUCCCUGACUGAGGCAUACGCCUCUCCCCUUUCUAUGCUGCCUUGUCUUGUGUGUGUGCAGGGAGGGACAUUUUGGGCACGGCCGAGACGGGAUCGGGCAAGACGGCCGCAUUUCUGCUGCCGACCCUCGAGCGGCUGCUCCAGAGCCCCUCCGUGAGGAUGAGAAAGGUGAGGGAUGGGAGGCAUUGCAGUGCAGUGGGUGUCUUGAUAUGCCUGACGUGUGUGGCUCUUCAGUCGGCGGGUUCAUCGGGUCCCGUGGCCACUAAAGUUCUCAUCCUCCUGCCCACACGGGUGAGAUGAGAGUGAGCACACACCCCACCCGUUGAUGCAUCAUGUGUGUGUCGGAUGCUGAUUGCAGGAGUUGGCUCUGCAGUGUCACGAGAUGCUGCAGUCACUGGCCAAAUACACACCCAUCACAUCCGUCCUGGUACUCAAACAAGCCCACACACUUCUCCACCGAAAUAUAUAGUGCGUCGAUGUCUUCCUUUGCCAUUCACUCAGGUGGCCGGCGGCUUCAAUCAGAAGGCCCAGGCAGCGACGCUCAGACAUGUGAGUGGCCGACGUGACUGAUGCAUGGCCUGUGUCAUCCCCCAUUCCUUCUCCUUGUGUGUGUGUGUGUGUGUGUGUGUGUCAUUUAGCAACCUGACAUGGUGGUGGCCACGCCUGGGCGGAUCCUCGAUCUGCUCCUCAACUCGCCUGUGAGCACGACAGACAUUGCAAUCGUUGCGCAUCCAUGUGAUGGAUGCGUAUGUGGUGUGUGUCGGUGACCUCCCUGCCUGCUUCAGAGCACCCACAUGGAGCUGCUGGAGAUUGUCAUCCUCGACGAGGCAGACAGGCUGUUGGAACUCGGAUUCAAAGAAGAGGUACUUGCACACACACACACGCACACACACACACACACACACGUCUGCCCUCUCCCAUUGUGGGAGCUCUCUUAUCUUGUUGUGUGUGUGUUGAUUGAUACUUACUUAGUGUCUGGCGGUGUUGCGUCACUGCAGCCGGGGCCGGCAGACAAUGCUCUUCUCCGCCACUCUGAGCGAGGAGGUCAGCGACCUGGCCGCACUCGCACUCACACGGCCCAUCAAACUGCGAGUCAGCCAACCCACCGCUGUCGCACGCACACUUGACCAGGUCAGGAGGGAAACAGACAGACAGACAGGCAGCGAGGGAGGGAGGGAGGAAGGGAGGAGGGAGCCGUGAGUAUGGCAUGUGGGGUGUGGUUGUGGUUGCAGGAGUUUGUGAAGGUGCCGUCUGAGUCUCACCGGGAGGCUCUGCUGCUGCACCUGUGCACCAAGGCCUACACCAACAACGUCAUCAUAUUCUUCCAGGUCGAUAGAUAGUCAACCGCCACAUACACACACGGCCUGCAGGGACCUGCACACACGCACCGCAUACAUACAUGUCUGUGAGUGUGAGUGUGACGUAUGUGAGUGUGUGUGUAGACCAAGAAGGCGGCCCACCGUGUGGCGCUCAUUUUCAGGCUACUCAGUAAGCAGACCACACACACGCCAUCAGUCUUUGCAUUCCUUGCGCUCGUGUGUUUGUGUAUGGUGCACCCACAGAGAUACCGAGUGCGGAGCUCCACGGCAACCUGGCGCAGACACAGCGCGUCGAGUCGCUGCGAAGGUCAGUCACUCAAGCCGACACACACAUCCAUGUGCUCUCAUGGCUGGCUGUGUGUGCGGUUCAAUGCACAUCAGGUUCCGUGCUGGCGAGGUUCCGUUUCUGUUGGCGAGUGAGUUGGCGUCUCGCGGGCUCGACAUAGAAGGGGUGGAGACCGUCAUCAACUUCUCACCUCCACUCGACACCUCAAGGUCACCCAUUUAUACCCACAGACACACACACACACACACACACCCGCAUGCCAUCCAUCCCAUGCAUCUGUGUGCCCCCAUGGCAUGGAUGUGUGUCCAUUGCAGGUACAUCCACCGUGUGGGUCGGACGGCCCGUAUGGGUGCGGAGGGCCGUGCAGUGACGCUCUACGUCGACAGCGAGAAGCUGCAGAUCAAAAGGAUCGCCAAGGCUGUCAGCGGGGCACGCAGCAAGGCAUCUGCCACCGAUGACGGCGGCAAACUCUUCCAGAGAUCCGUAUGCACUCCCACUCCCACACCACACAACACACAACACACAAAUCACUCACGACACAGAGGUAUCUUAAAGCGUGGAUGUGUCUGUGUAUUUAGGUGCCGCGUGAGAGUUUGGAUGAGUGGCACGAGAAGGUCAGGUCGUUGGGUCCGAAGAUCGCCGCCAUUCUGGAGGAGGAGAAGGUGGAGCGGACGCUGCGACUCGCGGAGAUGGAGAGGAACAAAGCCGAAAACCUCACCAUCUACAAAGGCACACACACACACACACACACAUCCAUCAGUACCCUCUCUACAUCCAUUCAUUUCUCUCUGUGUAUGCAGAUGAGAUCGCGGCCCGCCCCGCCAAGCAGUGGUAUCAGACGUCCCGUGAAAAGCAGCAGACCAAGAUAGAGUCCAAACGACAGCUCAAACACAUCACGGCGCAGCAGCAGCAGCAACAGGAGGCGGACGACACACCGCCGUCCAAGAAGCGCAAGACACGACAACAAGACGAAGAAGCGGGUGGAGAGGAGGACAGUGAUGCAGACGACAACGGCUCCGAUGGCGAUGAGGAUGCCGACAAGUACGGUGAUGAUGAUGCUGCGUCCCCCCGCCCAGGAAAGGCGGCCAGCAGGAGGGCUGCCGAGGGGGAGAAGGGCGGCGGCUCCAAGGGCGGCGGUGGCAAGAAGACAAAGGCCGAGAAGAAGAUGGAGAUCAAGUUCAAGUCGCAGAGCAAGAAACAAAAGGAGAACCAGGACGCACUUCGCAAUCAGAAGAUGGCCGCCCGCAGCGCCAAGAAGUGAGUGGAUGGAUGACCCACAAGGAACACACACCACAUCACAACAUCCCAUGACACAUCUGUGUAUGUGUGUGUGUGUGUGUGUGUGUCUGUAGGGGACUGAGGACACCGCGCAUCAACAAGAACGAUCCAGAUGCAGACCACAGCCGCUCCCACAGCUGGCAGAGGGGCGGCAAGGACAAGAAGAGCAAGAAGAAGAAGAGGGGCACCGGGCCACAGGCAGACAAAGCGAGUGGGGCUGAGGGUGGGGCUGCGGCGUCGGGGAGGGGUGUGGGCGUGGGUGGUGAGAUGGGUGGGUACAAGGGCAAGAGGAAAGUGCUGGGGAAGAAGGCAUUCAAGAGCAAGAAGAAGUAUAAGCGGCGAUAGGCAAACCGUUGUGUGUAUGGGAUGGGUGGGGGAUGGGACAUUGUGGCGAUCGAUGGUGGACGCGUGUGUUCAAAUUCCU